UGAAUUGAAGUGACUCACCUAUACCUUAGUGUGUACAAGACCGUCGUGGAGUGAGGAGUCGCUGAUUGUCUACCCCUGCCAUAACGGUGGUGAUAAUGAGCAGCCAGCUGGAAUCUCUACUCGGCCAGCUGGGUACUGGUAGAUGGAACAUGCUACACUUUGUUGCUCUGUCUUACUGUGUGUCAUUGCCCAGUUACCACACAUUGGCCGGGGCUUUCUUGGCUCCUAUGCAGGACUACCAGUGUCACCCCCCUGACUACCAAAACAACUACCGCGACAACCAAAGCAACAUCGCCGAUCUGCUUUUAGUGGGAUCAUGCAGCUACCUCGAGAAGAACAGAGACACGGGGGAGACCUCUAGGAGAACGUGUACUCAAUGGACCUUCGACAACACCACCUUCGCCUCUACCGUCACCUCCGAGUACCAGCUAGUAUGUGGGAGGGAGUACCUACGUGCUACCUACACCAGUAUCUAUAUGUUUGGGGUGUUGGUGGGCGCUUGGUUCAAUGGUCUGCUAGCUGACAAAUAUGGUCGCCGUCCCACCAUUACAAUUGGGUCAGUGGUAUACGCCCUGAUAGCUGUUGGGUCAUGCUGGGUCACCACACUCUCAGCUCUCCUUAUCUGUCGUUUCCUCCUGGGCACGAUGCACGCCACAAUCCUCAAAACUGGAUACAUCUUGGCCAUGGAGGUGUCGUCCCCUAAGGUCAGGUCAGCGCUGGGCAUCAUGAUGUACUUACCCUGGGCACUGGGCACGAUGGCUUGGGGGGGCGCGGCUUACCUGCUGAGAGACUGGAGGUGGUUGCAACUGGUAGUGUCAUUACCAUGGUUUCUCUUCCUUCCCACCCUUUUCCUGCUGGAGGAGUCACCGCGAUGGUUGGCAGUUCAGGGGUACCACAGUUACGCCCUUGCAGUGAUCCAGAGAGCCGCUCGCUGGAACAAGGUCACCCUCCCGCCCCCUCACCGCAUCCUGCAGAUUAUCAAGGAGAGUCAGAAUGAGGUAAGGACGUCAUCCCCGGGUAGAGGCGAAGCUUGUGUCGGUGAGUCAGUGCUGCGUGGGUACUGCCGGAGCGCCUUUAUCUUAGUGAGAACACCUCGACUACGAAUCAUCACACUGGGAAUGUUCGUGAACUAUCUAGUGGUCGGGAUGGUCUACUAUGGUCUCUCUCUCAGUGGGAACCAUCUCAGUGAGGACCCCUUCGUAUAUAUGGUCCUCAUGGGUCUAGUAGAGGUCCCUGCCUAUACAUUAAUGAUCCCUGUGGUCAUCCACUAUGGGAGGAGAGCACCAACCAUUAUUUUCUUCUUCAUCAGCGCCUUCGUCUUGUUAUGCCUACCUUUUAUACCUGCAGGGUGUGGCUGGGUCAUGGUCACACUCGCAAUGGCAGGAAAGACGACCAUCACCUCGGCCUUUCAGAUCUUAGCGUUAUAUUCCUCCGAGCUGUUCCCGACGGAGGUGAGGACCCGAGGGGCGAGCACUGCCUUCAUGAUGUCUCGCGUCGGCUCCAUGGCCUCCCCCUUCAUCACCGAGUACCUGGGCUCUGUGUACCCGUGGGCACCAUCGGUAGUGUUCGGGGUGGCGUCAGUGGUGGCGGGUGUGGCAACACUGGCGCUGCCGGAGACCCUCGGAACCGCUCUCCCAGACACCAUCGCUCACCUGGAGGACAAAGUACUACCGGAGAGCAGCAGAAACUUGUUGCGGUUGUUGACUAGAGACGCAGGCAAAUGUGUGUCACGAGACGCCUCCAGUACACAGCAUCUACACUUAAGUCACCUACACCCAAAUUAUCCACCUACACCACGCAAACACUCAUAUUAUCCAUCUGCAUCCCAUCAACACACUCCCAGCCUUACUACAUCCCAUCAACACACUCCCAGCCUUACUACACCCCAUCAACACACUCCCAGCCUUACUACACCCCAUCAACACACUCCCAGCCUUACUACACCCCAUCAACACACUCCCAGCCUUACUACAUCCCAUCAACACACUCCCAGCCUUACUACACCCCAUCAACACACACCCAGCCUUACUACACCCCAUCAACACACACCCAGCCUUACUACACCCCAACAACACAUAACCUACCCUCUUGCACACUGUUACCACUCAAAACACACAUCCCCCCAGUGAUGUAGAGGGUGUGGGGAUGUGGGAAGGU